AUGCCAGCGUUGGGGUGGAAUGAACGAGCGGUUUCUGCUAAGAAGAUCGUGGCUGUGUUGAUGAUAUGUGUAUGUCUGACAGAAGGCAUGCGGCAUCGUCGUAGACUGAGUGAGUACCCACCGAACCGAAUUGCCGAGAUGACGCUUGAGCCGAGGCUGGACACAGAGCCGGACAGGCUGUGCGGACUGCACCCCUUCGACGUGCUGAUCUCUAGCCUCCUGCAGAACGCGCCGUCCAACGACUCGACGAAUGUUAUGAUGCUCAGCAGCGCCGUCACCUCGCUCUACCGCACUCAGCCCGAUUUCUACGGCUUCCUUAUGCGGUGCACGUCGGCGUGGAACGCUUGUCAACGACGAAGAAUGGUCGCGGUGGUGGAUGAGGAAGCGGAGCAGGCGUCAAACGCACAGCCCUGGCGAUUGCUCUGUACAACUGGAUUAGCCCUGCAACACCGCGACACCUCUGCAGCGAAGUAG